AUGAUGGUCAAAUUUCUGUAUACAAUAAUGGUAAAGGCAUUCCAAUUGAAAUCCAUGAGGAAUUAAAUGUUUAUGUGCCAGAGAUAUUGUUUGGUCAACUUAUGGCAUCAUCAAAUUAUAAUGACGAUGAAGGGAAAUUUACUGGUGGAAGAAAUGGCCUUGGUGCAAAAUCUGCAAAUAUAUUUAGCACUAAAUUUACUGUUGAAACUAUUGACAUGGCAAGGAAAAAAAAAUAUGUUCAAUCUUUUUAUAAAAAUAUGACAAAAACUGACAAACCAAAAAUUACUGCUUACAACAAAAAAGAAGAAUACACCAAGAUAUCAUUUAAUCCAGAUUUUGAAAAAUUAGGAAUGUCAAAAUUGACUAAUGACACAAUUGCUUUAUUAAAUAAAUGUGUAUAUGAUAUAGCAGGAACAGUAAAAAAUGUCAAAGUUUUUCUUAACAACAAACAUAUUCAAGUUAAGAGUUUUGAGGAAUAUGUUCAAAU